AUGUCGUCGUCGCCGUCGCUGGCGUCGACGGCGAAGAGGCCAGGCGGGUGCGUCCACGGCCCGCAGCCGCAGCCGCUGAUCGUGCCGGCGGAGGCGGCGAGCCGGCCGACCAAGAAACCCCGCGUCGUCGCCGCCGCCGCCGGCGACCCGGGACCGGUGAUCGUGUACGAGCUCACGCCCAGGGUCGUCCACGCGCGGCCGGAGGAGUUCAGGGCCGUCGUGCAGAAGCUCACCGGCAAGCAGUCGGCGGCGCCGCCGGCUUCAGCCGUGACAUCGCAUGGUCAGGUGGCCGGAGGCGGAGGAAGGCGUGAGGCUGAGACGAAGACGACCGCCGUGGCGGUGGCCGCCGACCCACUGGUGCUCGCGCUUGGGAAGCAGCGUCAGCCGCCUGCUCCGCCGGCGAUCGAUGACAGCUCGGCGGCGGUGCCUCCUCCAUCGCCGAGCAGCCUCUUCUUCUCCCCGACCACGAUGCAGGCCUUACAAGAGCUGGGCGUUCUGUUCUAA